ACUAAAGGAAAACAAUUUUAUUUCUUCUCAUUUCUAGCUUGUAAAUUUCUUUAUGGGACUUUUUGUAUCAAACUAACCGUUAUAUUUCGUCCCCGCCAAAAUACAAAAAAGGCAUGAUUCCUUGACAGCAAUUUCCCUAUCCUUUCAAUACUGAAACGAUCUAUGAAAAAAUGGCUGCAACCCUUGUUUAUAGCCACUUCUCCAACUCCUACACACCUGAAGAUGUUCAUCGAAAGCAAGUGGACGCACCCAAGACAACUCCAAUCCCUGACGUUUUAGUCAAUUCAAGAAUCGGAAAAUCAUCCCAGUUUCAUAAACACCAAUCGAAAAAGCCAUCUUUGGUCAGACCCAACAAUCUCAAUCUCACACGGGAGCUUACUGGGUUUGUCAAUUCUGGUUCCAUGAAUAAUGCACUCGAUCUGUUUGAGAAAUUGAACCACUCAGAUACUUACAUAUGGAAUCUUGUUAUUAGAGGAUUUUGUAAUAAUGGUAUGUUCCAAGAAGUUAUUGAUUUUUACUGUAGGAUGGUACAUCAAGGAAUUAGUACUGAUAAUUUUACUUUUCCCUUUGUGAUUAAAGCAUGUGGACGGUUAUUAUCUUUAAUUGAAGGGCAAAAGAUUCAUGCAAAGCUGAUUAAGAUUGGGUUGGAUUUGGAUAUUUAUGUUUGUAAUUGUCUUAUUGAUAUGUAUUUUGGGCUUGGGUUGGUUGACCAUGCAGAGAAUCUGUUUGAAGAAAUGCCUGUGAGAGACUUAGUCUCUUGGAAUUCUAUGGUUAGUGGAUAUCAAUCGGUUGAUGAUGGGCUAAAGUCAUUGAUGUGCUUUAAAGAAAUGUUGGAUACUGGAACUAAACUGGAUAGGUUUAGCGUGAUUGCUGCUCUUGGUGCGUGUUCCACUAAAUGUUGUUUGUGGGUUGGGAAGGAAAUUCAUUGCCAAUUGAUUAGAAGUGGGCUUGAAUUGGACAUUAUGGUGCAGACAUCACUUAUUGAUACCUAUGCUAAGUGUCAUAUGGUGGAUUACGCAGAGAGGGUAUUUUAUAGAAUUUCUUGCAAAAAUAUUGUGGCUUGGAAUGCUAUGAUUGGCGGGUAUGCUCUAAAUGCUCAUUUUCUGGAGUCCCUUGCUUGCUUAAAAAGGAUGCAAGAGGAUGAUAACUUGAUCCCAGAUGUUAUUACCAUGAUAAAUUUGCUCCCAUCUUGUUCACAAUCAGGAGCUCUCUCAAAUGGUAAAUGUAUCCAUGGUUAUGCCAUCAGAAAAAUGUUUCUCCCACAUUUAGUGUUGGAAACUGCUCUAGUUGACAUGUAUGGAAAAUGUGGAGAAUUGGAAUUAGCAAAACGUGUAUUUAGUCAAAUAGAUGAAAAGAAUUUGGUGUCAUGGAACACCAUGAUUGCUGCUUAUGUACAAAAUGGGUUGAAUAUGGAAGCAUUGGAAUUGUUUAAUUGCCUUUGGAAUGAGCCUCCCAAACCAGACGCUGUUACAAUUGCCAGCAUCCUGCCUGCUUAUGCUGAAUUGGCAUCUGUGAGUGAGUGCAAACAGAUUCAUUCUUAUAUCAUAAAAAUAGAGCUUAGUUCACAUACUAUCAUCUCAAAUGCUAUUGUCUACAUGUAUGCAAAAUGUGGGGAUCUUAAGACCGCCAGACGAAUCUUUGAUGGUAUGUUGUGUAAGAACGUAGUUUCUUGGAACACAAUGAUAAUGGCUUAUGGAAUUCAUGGUUUUGGAACAAUGUCCAUUCAGUUGUUUUCUGAAAUGAGAGAAAAUGGCAUCAAACCCAAUGAAAGCACUUUUGUUUCCUUGUUAUCAUCAUGCAGUAUUACUGGUCUAGUUGAUGAAGGGUGGGAAUUCUUUAAUUCUAUGAAAUCGGACUAUAAUAUUGACCAUGGGAUAGAGCAUUUUGGUUGCAUGGUAGAUCUUCUAGGGCGCACUGGAAAUCUUGAUGCAGCCAUGCAGUUCAUUGAAGAGUUGCCUUUGGUCCCAACAGCCAGGAUAUGGGGUUCUUUACUAACUGCAAGUAGAAACAAUAAUAACAUAGCCUUAGCCGAACUUGCAGCUAAGCACAUUUUUUCCUUGGAGCAUGAUAAUACAGGCUGCUAUGUCUUGCUUUCUAACAUGUAUGCUGAAGCCGGAAGGUGGGAAGAUGUAGAACAGAUCAAAACUCUUAUGAAGAAAAAAGGUAUAGUGAAGACAGUUAGUUGCUGUAUGGUUGAGACAAAUGGUAAAAGUCACAAGUUCAUCAAUCAAGACAAGUCUCACAGCCAAAUAAACAUGAUUUAUGAUGUCUUGGAUAUUAUCAUGAAGAAGAUCGGCAAAGACGCAUAUGUCCAUUCUGUUAGUAAGUUCAGACUGGUAGAUUUGAUGAAUAAAAGGAAAAAUUCACCAGCAAAUCAUAGUGUGAAACUGGCCAUCUGCUUUGGGUUAAUCUCUACAGCAAUUGGGAAACCUGUAGUUAUCAGAAAGACCACUAGAAUAUGUGAAGAUUGUCACAUGGUUGCCAAGAAGAUAUCACUAGUUACUAAAAGAGAAAUAAUAAUAGGAGAUUCUAAAAUCUUCCACCACUUCAAUGGUGGCAGUUGCUCAUGCCGCGAUUAUUGGUAACUUUUAGUUGUGUCAGUUCCAUUUACUCUCAAAAAAACCAAAAGAAAAAAAAAUGCAAAAGAAAAUUUUUUGUUGUAUACAAGCUGGUUAGUAAAUCUUCCGUGUACAAGCCUACUGAAUGAUGUAGAACAGAUCAAAAGAUGAUUAAAAUUUAUACCCCAUUUCUCUCUU